AUGGCGACUCCUGAUGAAACUAAAUACGGAUUCGGUAUUUCCAUUGCCGUCAUUGCUGUUCUUACGCUUGUACUCAAUGUGUUGUUUCUCUUUGUGUUCUUCCGACGAAAGAAAAUGCGGAUUCCUGCCAAAUAUUUUGUGGCUAACCUCGCCUUCGUUGACAUUUUGGCGGCAGGAUUGUGGACAUCUUUCAGUGUGUUAGCUGUGUUUGGGGACGGCUGGGAUCUCUCAUACAGCCUCUGUAAACUACAACAGUUCUUUGCCAACUUUUGUGUCCUCAUGAACAUGCAUACGUUAUUGUUCCUUGCUUUUGAAAGGACUCUCAUGAUCUACAAACCCUCCCGCCAUUUCGAAGUAUUUCGGGGGAUAGUAAUGAUCAUUGCUAUUGCUGCCAUUUGGACUUUUGACGUCGUUUUGUCACUGUUUCCGGUCUCUGGUUGGGGAGAAGUAGCUUAUUUCACCACGCAGUACCAAUGUGCUAUGGACUACGAUCAAAACGUUCGACAAAUGCACUUCUCGACCGCGAUUACAUUCGGAAUACCCAUCGUUUUCCUGGCAUUAUGCUACGUAUUAAUUUUCAUUCGGAUUAAAAAGUUGCGUGAUAAUAUGUCACCGGAAGGUGCCAUGACCCUAGAGGUGAAUGACGUAGCUGCCGGUGAUACGUACGCGGCAAGACUCAAACGUCAACAACUAAAAUUCCAAGAUGCCGGUAGGAAGCGGAAGAAGCCAACUAUUGGUAAGGAGGUGCAUUAUACUGCGGACGGAUACGAAAGUAACGACUCAUCUACUGACGAGGAAGACGAGAAAGAGAGGAUAACGAAGAAACCUGAACAACAAGGAAUGAAACGAGUGUACUAUUUGUCAAAGAAUGACUACGAGUUGGUGAAGACAUACCUGAUAACUACUUUUAUCGUGAUUGCGCUGUGGUAUCCCCACAUCAUCAUCACCUACGUUGAUUUGUACGAAAGUAAUGUCAUAAUUUCCGCUAAUGUCAUCCGGGUGCUCGUAUGGUUGACCCACGCCGCGGCCUUCGUUAAACCAAUUAUAUAUUUCCUCCACAACACAAGCAUGCGCACACAUCUGAAAAAGGCAUUUUGUAAACGUGACAAGUACAAACAAAUCAGUAAGAAAUCCGGCAAGUAUGCUGGAAAUGAUGAAGACGAAAACGGAGUAGCACAGACGGAACCGGAAGUUUAA